CAAAAUGUUUUAAAAUAGAAAACAUUAAAAGAGUAUCCAUUUUUUAUUUUAUGUAAUUUGGGAAGAAAAUAGUACAGAGAUUAAAUUAAAAGAUAGAUUUAAAACUCUACUUUUUUAAGCUUAAAAACUUUAAAAGUAAGACAUUCAUGUUAUGUAAGACAGUUUUUUAAUAUAAAUCGUACCAUGAUAUGAUCUCGUUGAAUUUUGUGGAACGUAACAUAAACUGCAAGGACAACGUGAUCGCCAUGUGCUCAAGGGAUGCCAUAAGAGUGCUUUAUUCGAUCUGUGAGAUAUAUGAUAUUAGUGAGAUAUGUAACACUGUUAUAUCGCGCUAACGAAAUUAUACGUAAUCACAUUGGGUUUCUUGCUGGAAAAGGUAGAAUGUCGGUUUCAGUGCUACAAACAUGUUUUACUCCAAAUAUGUGAUUUUUGCGACAUUCUGGUGGAUCCUCGCAACGACUGGGGACAAUUUCUUUCGAAAUGAAGAUAUUUGCGGAUCUCACAAUGGCAGACGUUUGUAUCUGGAGCUUGGCGAGAAGGGCAUCCUCUAUGCAAAAAAUGUUACCUUCGUCAGAAAUUUAUUGAGACAGUCAGUGUCGCAUCUUUAUGAUACCAUCAACAGUUCUCAUUAUCAAUGCAAUCUCGAAUUAGUGACCUGUCCAUCCUGCGUAAUAAUUAUCACUUUCAAGAACAUCGCGCUUCCAUAUCAUUGUGGCGAUGGAGGAGUCGUAAUGGAUAGUCCAUGCAGGUGCGACUACGUGUGGCUCUCGGAACCACCUUAUGAACAAGUUUCUGGCUCGCCCUUUUGUGGAUUAUAUGCACCGAUCACAUAUAGAUCAAGCACAAGAACUCUAUCUAUAACUCUACUCUACAGUCAAUCUUACAAACACGCGUUUACCAUCGAAUAUACAGCUGAAAGAAAUAGAUUGCAUUUGAAAGGAACGGAAAUAACAUCGAGAGCCUUGACGAAAGGUUUAAACGGUACUGGCGGUGGUAUUCUGACUUCGCCGUUUUUCCCGGCUCGAUAUCCUCGUGACUUGGGUUUGGAAUAUAUCAUAACGUGUCCCAGCGAAGCCUCUUCCUGUCGCAUUAGGUUAUUGUUUAGCGACUUUCAAUUAGCGACGGUUUCCAUAAUAGAGUUCUAUGAUUGGAACGGACAACGUUUGGACGUGAGUAGUGGUGCGCGAUUUCGGCCGCCAGUGAUAGUAAGCUCUGGUCCGUCGUUGCUAAUAAGAUUCUAUGCAAAUGGUGGUACCGGUCUUGGUUACAAAGCUUUUUAUUCUUUCGUCAUUGGUCAUACGUAUGAUAAAUCCAUACAACCGAUCACCGACUGUGGUGGAUACGUAGAAAAUCUGGGUGGCACCAUCACGAUGAUAAAUAUGGUCGAUCGAGGAGUAAAGAUUUACGAUUGUGUUUGGCUAAUUAGACCACCUAAGAGUUUCUUACAUAUGAAGACGCACAUGUAUUUGAAAGUAGUGGGUUUUGCUGAUAUGGCUGGUAAUACGGAAUUAAUCAUCAAGGAAGGUCCGACUUCUGCCCUGAUGUUGUUGGAAGUAACUCGACAUCCAACGAGUCAAUUACAACCACUCAUGCACAGGGAACAUGUGGUGCCAGUUACCAGCGGAUUCUACGUGAGUCUUCGUGGUAUAUUCGGAUCGAGUUCUUACUUGGCCAUUGCUUAUGCUGCCUUUAGUUACACUGGUAAGUCUGUUUUUAACAAUGAUAAUCGCAAAAUAAUUAUUUUAUUUCAAUUGAGUUUAUAUUACUAUUACUGUUUGUCUUUGAUUGAAUUAUACAUUUUAGAUUGUUUUGCAAGCACUGAUUUUCUAUGCCAAAAUCAUAGGUGUAUUCCAAGUCAACUGAAUUGCGACGAUUUUGAUCAUUGCGGUGAUAAUAGCGAUGAACCAGUGAAGUGCUUUCAAGAUUGGCAAGAGGAGCUACGCAAUCACAAAUGGCAUAUGAACAGAGCGAAUUAUUACUUUUCAAAGACUAAUCGAUAUCCAGAUUUGAAAACGGCCAUUCUGGUAUUCGUUGUUAGUAGCUUUGGUCUGAUCGUUCUGAUAUCGGCGCUUAUUAUACUACUGUAUAGAAUAGGAGCAAGAGCUAGACAACAAAGAGAACUACAGUCUCGUCUGGAAACAAUCAGCGAACUUCUAGAUGGUGCACGGAUCGAAGAAAUAUCUAUUUCGGAUGAUCCACCUAGCUAUGAGGCACCACCGGAUUAUGACGAAGUCGCGAAACUCUUUUUGUCGAAGAAGGCUCAAUGCUUGAAUCGAGAGAAUGACAGAGCUUGCAACAGAAAUCAGCACGACGAGGGUGUGAAUUCUACUUAUUUGAUCGUGGAAGGCGCGAGCAAUAGUCGUAGCAAUCAAACAACUUCGAUAAUAUCAAGAAAUAAUCGACAUGUACUACAUACACCCGAGAGUCCACCGCCUCCGUAUAUAACACCUCCAGGAACUAUAUUGAGAAACAUGAAUCUAGCUAGUUUGUCGGCAUCGAUGAAACAGAUUUGUCCUAUUCGUCGCACUUGGUUUCGACGCAGCGCGCAAUAUCCUCAGUCCUCUUGUAGCGAUCGUCCAUCUCCCGGUGGUUCAUUCUUAUUCACGAAUGCUGAGACUUCUUGUAUACGUCGAGCGGAUUAUGUUGUUUCGGAUUCGAUAAAUCGUCAGUUCGAAAAUUCUCCGAAAGAAGUUCGGAUUAUACAUAAAAUUGUCCAAGAAAAUACUACAGAAGUAUUGGAAGAAAAUAACCGAUCCGUUUCAGAAGAGGAGUCUGAUGAACUCGUUGAUAAAGUUGACAGUUUGGACGGAAGAAACGUCAAUUGUUCCUGUGAGGGUGCAUGCGGUUGUGCUAUUAGCUGUAUUAAUCUGCAAGAUCUUCCAAUCAACCCGUCAAUUUCUGUAACAAGUGUCGAAGAUCGUGAAAUAUAGAAAUUAAAACAAACAGCAAUUAUAUCCAUGAAAAAGCAUCAAGAGGAUAAUUUUUCUAUUUCGAGAAGUACUAUCAUUAAACUUUGGGGUUCUAAGCUGGCGAAACCAUCCCAUCAUAACACCAAUUUGACAGUCGCCUUAUCAUCUUGUAACACUUGGCGUCGUUCCUCCAAAAAAUUCUCUCAUGUGUUGGUAAGAUCACGAUCAGUAACAGUUUUGACAAACUACAAGAUGAUUUUGAGAUUUUUAUCGGAAGUGGCUAGCAAUACCGAAUGUACCAUUCCCAGAAAAAUGUCAAACACAUUGAGCAAUACAUCGAAGAGUGUUAUUGGCUAUCGAGAAUAUUACAAUGACCGGCGAUACUUUAGCUGUGACUUGGACAGUAUAUAUGGUAGCAUCAAGGUUCUCGAUCUGGUGCAUAGAAAUUUCAUUGUAGAAGGCCACGAAUAUUGACAAUCAAUCAUAAUACUAUUUGGUACAUUGAAACACGGACCUACAUAUAAUUUAAUCGCAUCGUCGCAGCAAAGGAAAAGAGAAGUAUAUACGCUCUUGUACUUGGUGUUCUAGCGAAGACGUCUUGUCUAAUUAAUUCAUUUGAUGGAACAAAUUUACAACAGAAAGGUAAUCGAGUUUAUGUAACUAUGUUAAUUUUUUUAUUAAUGUGAUAAUUAAAAAAAAUAUAUUAUUGACCUGUGUACGUAUAUAUAAUUUA